GGCGAGCUCCCCUUAAGCACCUGUGAGGAAGAAGCCCGGGCCACCUUGGCAGUGACACCGCCCUCUCCCCGCCCCUUCCGGUAGUCGCAGUUGCUGCUUCCGUUGUGCCUGGCGGGCUCCGGGCUCGAGCGUUCCCGGGUGCGUUCCGGCUCCUCCGCCCCGGCCGCUGAGUCUGAUCUCUGUCUCCAGCAACCGAGCAGAGGCCCAGCCCCGCCGGGGACAGGAGAGCCACCCCGGAGAACAAAAUGUGCUGCGAGAAGUGGAGCCACGUGGCCGAAAUGCUGCUCUUCAUUGAAAACCGCGACGAGGAGGACACGAUCCAUUGCCUCUGUUCCCGGGCGUUUGUGGAGGAUCGAAAACUAUACAACUUGGGGUUAAAAGGCUACUAUGUCAGAAGCAGUGACAAUAAUGCAGGAGACCAAGCUACAGAAGAAGAGGAAGAUGAUCAUUCCCUUGGCGCCACAGAAUCACACAGCAAAGACAUGAGCCCAGAUGAAAGUGAACUUGAUUCAGAGGCCAAACUCAUGAGAAGUAUGGGAUUGCCAAUUCAGUUUGGAAGAGUGUCUGCCCAUAAGAGUUUUGAGGUGUCUAUGAAUACUAAAAAUAAAUUUAAAGUGAAGCAGAAAAGGAGAAAGCACCAGAAGAAGUACUUGGAUGAAAUGAUCCAAGAGUCGUGGAGAGAUGACUGUGAAGACGAUGAUGCUGUAGUGUCAGAUGACCCACCAUCAGUUGAGCACUGUGACAGCAGCAGAACAUGUGAACUCCAGAGCAAAACAGAUACCGAGACAGAAAACCUUGCCGUUGAAACUACACCGUCACCAAAGCUAGAGGUCACAGAGAACUGGGAAAGGUAUUGGAAUGUAUAUGGAGAAGGGCUGUUGUGGCAAAGCUGGCAGGAAAAGCAUCCAGAUCAGACACAAUCUUCUGAACCUUGGAACCUCCCCGAUACAAAGGAAGAAUGGGAGCAACAUUAUAGUCAGCUUUAUUGGUAUUAUCUGGAACAGUUUCGGUAUUGGGAAGCUCAGGGUUGGACUUUUGCAGCCUCACAAGACAGUGGUCUAGAUGCUGAUGCUCAAACAGAAGCUGACAGAAGAGACGAGAGCGGCAUGAAAGUGGAUUUACUGACUCAUUCGUCUUCACCUAACACCGCUGAUGAUGAAAGCUCUGGCUCAAACGAUAAAGAUCAUGAUGACAUACUUGCUGGAAUUAACAAUAUAAUUCUGAGUUCUGAGGAAGUAGAACAGAGCCAGUUAGAGUCCUCCAUACACUGUGACAAGCAGCAGCUGAGUGAGAGUAGCAGCGGCAAAGAGUGUCCUGCCUCUGGAGGACAUGACCCCAGUAAUGGAACACCCAAGGAAAGUAAUGCAUCUGGGGACAGAAGCACAGACCAACCAGCUCAAGAGUUGAAGGAGUCUUCAGGACCAGACACAGGCAAAGAUCCAGCAUACCCUAACAGGGCUGAUGGUAAUGAGAGUGAUGAUGAUCCACCUGAGCAGAAGCCCAGCAGAGUGAAGAGAGGCCAUGAAUUGGACAUUGAUGAAAACCCAGAUACAGAAGUUGAUGACAAUGGUUUCCUUCUAGGAUUCAAGCAUGGCUCAGGACAAAAAUAUGGUGGAAUCCAAAAUUUCAGUCAUCGGCAGGUCAGAUAUCUAGAGAAGAACUUGAAAUACAAGUCAAAGUACCUGGAUAUGCGCAAGCAGAUGACUGUGAAGAACAAACACAUCCGGUUCACAGAAGAGUUGGGGAAACCCCUUCUCAAGAAGAGUAAAGUGCGAAAUAAGGUGGAGAAAUUCCUAAAAUGGGUUCAUGAACCAGUGGAUGAGGAGCCAUCCCAGGAGUCGCUUCCUCAUAACAAGAUACAAGACACUUGCACAAGCAGUGACUCUGAGGAGCAAGACAUGCCCUUGGAGAAAGCCGACGACCUGAUGGAGGCCAGAGAUCCAGAACCUGACACAUGUCAGGCCAUCUCUUCAGCCAGCGAACCUGAAGCAGAAAAGAGUGAAGGAGCUUCCACAACUGCUCCAGAGAAGCAGGACUGUGUACCUGAAGAAAUGGCUGACUCUCCCCAAGCGGAAACAGGAGUUGAAAUGAAGAAGAAGAAGAAAAAUAAGAAGAAAAACAAGAGCAAAAAAUUAAAUGGUCUGCCACCCGAAAUAGCCUCUGUUCCUGAGCUGGCAAAAUACUGGGCCCAGAGGUACAGGCUCUUUUCUCGUUUUGAUGAUGGGAUCAAGUUGGACAAAGAGGGCUGGUUUUCAGUUACCCCUGAGAAGAUUGCUGAGCACAUUGCUGGCCGUGUCAGUCAGUCCUUCAAAUGUGACAUUGUAGUGGAUGCUUUCUGUGGGGUUGGAGGAAAUACCAUUCAGUUCGCCUUAACGGGGAAGAGAGUGAUUGCCAUUGAUAUUGACCCAGUUAAGAUUGAUCUUGCUCGUAAUAAUGCUGAAGUUUAUGGAAUAGCGAAUAACAUAGAGUUUAUCUGUGGAGAUUUCCUACUCUUGGCUCCCUGUUUAAAGGCUGAUGUUGUGUUUCUAAGCCCGCCUUGGGGGGGACCAGAUUAUGCUACUGCAGAGACCUUCGACAUUAGGACGAUGAUGUUUCCUGAUGGCUUUGAAAUUUUUAGGCUUUCCCAGAAGAUCACUAAUAAUAUUGUGUAUUUUCUUCCAAGAAAUGCUGACGUUGACCAGGUGGCAUCCUUGGCUGGGCCUGGAGGGCAAGUGGAAAUAGAGCAGAACUUUCUUAACAACAAAUUAAAGACAAUCACUGCAUAUUUUGGUGACUUGAUCAGAAGACCAGCCUCCGAAGCAGAAGUGGAGGAUAACUGAAGACAGAUUGCGCUUUGGUUUCCCAGCCACCCAGACCCAAAUAAUCUCACAGUAACUACAUUAAUUACAGCACUGUUUGGCCAGCGGCUCAGGUGUCUUCCUGACUAGCUCUUAUAUCUUAAAUUAACCCAUUCUGUUAAUCUGUGUAUCGCCACGAGGCUGUGGAUUAAUGGUAAUGUUCUGGCAUCUUUCCCCUUCGGCAGCCACCUGGCAUCUCCUUGACUCCACCUACUCUCUCUUUAAGAGCUGUUCUGCCUUGUACUGAUAGCAAGAUCAUGCGGAAUGAGAGUGGCAUUUGAAUGAGACACUUGGGAAGGUCUUCUCAGCUCCUUAAUAUUAUGAACGUGUGAUAUGGAAACCUUUGAGUUUUUUUUUUUUUUUUUUUUUGAGACAGGGUUUCUCUGUGGCUUUGGAGCCUGUCCUGGAACUCGCUCUGUAGACCAGGCUGGUCUCGAAUGCUAGUGAAGUGGUUUGUGAUUUUCAGGGAAUGCUAACUGAGCUGUGUUCAGUACUCUAAAGCGGUAAGCAUCAGGGCCAGGUGAUCGUAGAUACCUAUUAUGGUCCCAGCACUUCGGAGGUUCAAGGUCAUCCUGUACUGCAUAAAUUCAAGGCCAGCCUGAGUUACAUGAGGACUGGCCUCAAAAAUGACCCCGUGCUUAAAUUAAGUGCAUCUGUGUAUAUUUGUAUGUUUCUGUUCUUUAACUAUGUUUUGGUGUGUGUGUGUGUGUGUGUGUGUGUGUGUGUGUGUAAAUGCUUUUUUAAAAUGCAAAGAAAAAUGAAAAGCAGUUCUGCCUGCACGUUUAACCUCUGGUGAAAUAAUGUUACCAAUUUAAUGCUAUAACAAGAAAGGUAGAACUCUCCCACUACCUUACCUAUUUUUUAUAUUCAACUGUCUAAAUAUAAUCACAGUUAACAGUG